AUGAAGAGCCUUCUGCUUCUGUUUUUGCUCUGUGUAACGUUUUGCUCCGCGUUUCCUACAGCCCGAAAGAUGGACCCUGAGGAGACCAUGCACCUGGCACAGGCAUAUCUCAACCAGUUCUACUCUCUUGAAAUAGAAGGGAGUCAUCUUGUUCAAAGCAAGAACAGGACUCUCAUAGAUGGCAAAAUUCGGGAAAUGCAAGCAUUUUUUGGAUUGACAGUGACUGGACAGCUGGACUCAAACACUCUUGCAAUCAUGACGACACCCAGGUGUGGCGUGCCUGAUGUGGGUCAGUAUGGCUACACUCUCCCGGGGUGGAGGAGACACAACCUCACAUACAGAAUCGUAAACUACACUCCAGAUAUGUCACGAGCAGACGUGGACGAGGCUAUCAGGAAUGGCCUAGAAGUGUGGAGCAGGGUUACUCCACUAACAUUCACCAAGACUUCCAGGGGGAUCGCAGACAUCAUGAUUGCCUUUAGGACCCGAGUCCACGGUCGGUGUCCUCGUUACUUCGACGGCCCCUUGGGGGUCCUCGGCCACGCCUUCCCUCCCGGGCUGGGUCUGGGUGGAGACACUCACUUUGAUGAGGAUGAAAACUGGACCAAGGAUGGAGCAGGAUUCAACUUAUUUCUUGUGGCGGCUCAUGAAUUUGGCCACGCACUGGGGCUCUCGCACUCCAAUGAUCAGACAGCUUUGAUGUUCCCAAAUUAUGUCUCCCUGGAUCCUAACAAAUACCCGCUUUCUCAGGAUGAUAUCAACGGAAUCCAAUCCAUCUAUGGGAGUCUACCCAAGGCAUCUGCUAAGCCAAAGGGACCCACUGUCCCCCAUGCCUGUGACCCUGAUUUGACUUUUGAUGCUAUCACCACUUUGCGCAGAGAAGUAAUGUUCUUUAAAGGCAGGCACGUAUGGAGGAUCUAUUAUGACAUCACUGACGUUGAAUUUGAACUAAUCUCUUCGUUCUGGCCAUUGCUGCCAACGGAUAUUCAAGCUGCAUAUGAGAACCCCAAAGAUAAGAUUCUAGUUUUUAAAGAUGACAACUUCUGGGUGAUCAGAGGAUAUGCAGUCUUGCCAGAUUAUCCCAAAUCGAUCCAUACACUUGGCUUCCCAAGACAUGUGAAGAAAAUCGAUGCGGCUGUCUGUGACCACAGCCUAAGAAAAACCUACUUCUUUGUGGGCAUCUGGUGCUGGAGGUUUGAUGAAACGACCCAAACCAUGGACAGAGGGUACCCACGGAGGGUGGUGAAGUACUUCCCAGGAAUUGGUCUCCGAGUUGAUGCCGCCUUCCAGUAUAAAGGAUUCUUCUAUUUCUUCCGUGGAUCAAAGCAGUUUGAAUAUGACCCUAAGGCAAAGAACAUUACCAGAAUGUCGAAAACCAAUACUUGGUUUCAGUGCAAAGAACCAUUAAACUCAUCAUCUGAUUUUAGUGUCAGUGAGGAAGAAGUACACUCCGGAGGAGUAGAGAUGUUUUAUCGUACGAAUGUAAACUUGCUUAUUUUCAGUAUUGUUCAUGUGCUAAAAAUAUAUAUAUAG